AGAAGAGAAGGAGGGGCGCCCGGGGUGACGGUGCGGGAGCCGCUGCCAGUGCCGGACCAGAGUCGGCGGCCAGGAUCCGAAGACAGGGUGGGCCAGAGGCCAGAUCGGCUGCCCGGACCCUCCGACGCGGCCCCGGCCCGAGCGGCUGCCGUUUCUGGCAAGGUGGGGAGGCACUGCCAAACCCCAGCUGGGGAAGAUGUUCAACGUGGAGUCGGCAGAGCGAGUGGAGCUGUGCGAGAGCCUUCUCACUUGGAUCCAGACAUUUAAUGUGGAUGCAUCAUGCCAGACCGUGGAAGAUUUAACGAAUGGGGUUGUGAUGGCCCAGGUUCUUCAAAAAAUUGUUUACAGAAGUUUGGGAGGUUUUCCUAAGAAAAGUAACCAUAAAGAUCCUGCAUAUUUUGAUGAAAAUUGGCUAAACAGAAUCAAAACCGAAGUGGGAGAUAAUUGGAGGCUAAAGAUAAGCAAUUUAAAGAAAAUUUUAAAAGGAAUCUUGGAUUAUAAUCAUGAGAUUUUAGGACAGCAAAUUAAUGACUUUACCCUUCCUGAUGUGAACCUUAUUGGGGAGCAUUCUGAUGCUGCCGAGCUGGGAAGGAUGCUUCAACUCAUUUUAGGCUGUGCUGUGAACUGUGAACAGAAGCAAGAGUACAUCCAGGCCAUUAUGAUGAUGGAAGAAUCUGUUCAACAUGUUGUCAUGACAGCCAUUCAAGAGCUAAUGAGUAAAGAAUCUCCUGUCUCUGCUGGAAAUGAUGCCUAUGUUGACCUUGAUCGCCAGUUGAAGAAAACUACAGAGGAACUAAAUGAAGCUUUGUCAGCAAAGGAAGAAAUUGCUCAAAGAUGCCAUGAAUUGGAUAUGCAGGUUGCAGCAUUACAAGAAGAGAAAAGUAGUCUGUUGGCAGAGAAUCAGGUAUUAAUGGAAAGACUUAAUCAAUCCGAUUCUAUAGAAGACCCUAACAGCCCAGCAGGAAGAAGGCAUCUGCAGCUCCAAACUCAGUUAGAACAGCUCCAAGAAGAGACGUUCAGACUAGAAGCAGCCAAAGAUGAUUAUCGCAUACGCUGUGAAGAGUUAGAAAAGGAAAUCUCUGAACUUCGGCAACAGAAUGAUGAACUAACCACUUUGGCAGAUGACGCUCAGUCUCUAAAAGAUGAAAUAGAUGUUCUUAGACAUUCUUCCGAUAAAGUGUCUAAACUAGAAGGCCAAGUGGAAUCAUAUAAAAAGAAGCUAGAAGAUCUUGGUGAUUUGAGGCGGCAGGUUAAACUCUUAGAAGAGAAGAAUACUAUGUAUAUGCAGAACACUGUCAGUCUAGAGGAAGAGUUAAGAAAAGCCAAUGCAGCUCGCAGUCAACUUGAGACAUAUAAGAGACAGGUAGUAGAACUGCAAAAUAGAUUAUCUGAAGAAGCGAAGAAAGCAGAUAAAUUAGAUUUUGAAUAUAAGCGGCUAAAAGAAAAAGUUGACAGUCUUCAAAAAGAAAAGGAUAGGUUAAGAACAGAAAGGGAUUCUCUGAAGGAAACCAUUGAAGAGCUUCGCUGUGUACAGGCUCAAGAAGGGCAGCUCACAACUCAAGGGUUAAUGCCUCUGGGAAGUCAGGAAUCUUCAGAUAGUCUGGCAGCAGAGAUUGUUACACCUGAAAUCAGGGAGAAACUUAUUCGUCUUCAGCAUGAGAAUAAGAUGUUAAAACUUAACCAAGAGGGUUCAGACAAUGAAAAAAUUGCCCUAUUGCAGAGCCUUCUGGAUGAUGCAAAUCUACGCAAGAAUGAACUGGAGACAGAGAAUAGGCUGGUGAAUCAAAGACUCCUGGAAGUACAGUCACAAGUUGAAGAAUUGCAAAAAUCUUUACAGGACCAAGGAUCAAAAGCAGAAGAUUCAGUUCUUCUAAAAAAGAAGCUUGAAGAACAUCUAGAAAAACUGCAUGAAGCCAAUAAUGAAUUGCAGAAGAAGAGAGCCAUUAUUGAAGAUCUUGAACCAAGAUUUAACAACAGCUCCUUAAAAAUUGAAGAAUUACAAGAAGCUUUACGGAAGAAAGAAGAGGAAAUGAAACAAAUGGAAGAACGAUAUAAAAAAUACUUAGAGAAAGCCAAAAGUGUUAUCCGUACUUUAGAUCCUAAACAGAAUCAAGGAGCAGCACCAGAGAUACAAGCUCUUAAAAAUCAGCUCCAGGAACGGGAACGACUGUUCCAUUCAUUAGAGAAAGAAUAUGAGAAAACUAAGAGUCAACGAGAAAUGGAGGAGAAAUAUAUUGUUAGUGCCUGGUACAAUAUGGGAAUGACUCUGCAUAAAAAGGCGGCUGAAGAUAGACUCGCUAGUACAGGUUCAGGGCAGUCGUUUCUGGCUAGGCAGAGGCAAGCAACCAGCACAAGAAGAUCUUACCCAGGCCACGUUCAACCAGCCACGGCAAGGUAGAAAAUUCUUGCCAUUAGAAUAUAAAACACCCUGCGUUCAAAACAUACUUCUGUUAUACAUAACACCAUUUCAGGAAAUUCAGCCAGCUUAUUUUUUGUUUCUAUUUUAUGUUACUAUUUAGUUGUUUCUCAUUUGAGGACUUUCUCCUGUAUCUGUAAUGUUUUAGUUUCUUGGUCUUUUAUUUUGUAGUUUUUUCAGUUCCUUUUAAUGUGCCAAAAAUUUUUUAAAUGCCCAAUUAAAAGUGUUGUAUGAUAGUGUAGUACUUUUCUUUGUAUGAAAACAUCCUUUCCCCAAUGGUGUAGGCUUUGUAAUGAAUUAGAUUUUUUGCCAAUAAUUGAUAUACAGUUUAUAUUCUUUAUUGUGCCUCUGUGUUAUCAUGCUUUAUAAGAAUGUCUUUGUUUAAAGGGAAUUAAUCUUUUUAUGAUGUAUUAAUCUGUGUUUUCAAUUGUUUUCAAAUGCAAUUCAAAUGACUUGCAUACCUACUAUAUAAAAUGAAUGGUUGGCAAGUGCACUUUUUGCAAAGACAUAAAUACAUUGGCAGAGGUGCUGAUCAGAUCUUACCUAAGGCACGUGAUAGAAUUAUUUAAAGAGGAAAAAUUCGUUAUUACAUUGUUUUAUAGGAAAUUAAAUUUGUUUGAAGAUUUGGAAACCAUUUUUAAAACAUAAAUAUAGAAUUUUAUUAUUUUCUGCUAUCUUGUUGCUGGUAGAAGUGAAUGCAUUGGUUAGGUUAUUGGGGAGAGAUUACAAGAGAAAAAAAAUCAGUCAGUGCAUUAAUUUUUUUCUCAUUUGGGAAUGUCACAGUAACUGAGGAUCAAAUUCUGGCAGUGUGGCUGAUAUUUAUAGUUUUAAUUACCUUCCACAUCUAAAAGAUUUAUUUUUCAUACACUUAUAAGGAAUAGGUAGCCUUACCUUUUAGGCAACUUCUUGUUGACUUGCAACUCAUUUGUUUUACUUAUUAAUAUAAACCCUUCUAUUUCUCAAUAAUUCCUAAUACUUAACAUCUUAAUAUCAGUCAUUAAGAUCAAUAAGUGACUUCUUAUAUGUGAUGUUGUAGCAGGUCUUUUACAUUUUUUUCUUAAUUCUAUGUAUUAGUCCAAGAAUUUGCUACUGAAAAGAUUCUCUUGGGUAUUUGGUUGCCCCAAAGUGCUUAGAUUUGUUAAUAGAUUGUAAACCGUGUUUAUUUACCUUGAUGAAUGGCUGUCAAGUAAUAAUGAUUGUAAAGCACUUUGACUAUAUAAGGUGCUAUAUAAAUGUAAAAUAUCAUUUAUUUGAAAAUGAAAUGCCUCUGCCCAGACUUUCCCUAUUGACUUAAGUAUUUGGUCCCCAAUUAUAUUUAAGUACCCCUCGAGCCUUUUUCUUGCAUCAUAGCCCAUUUUUUAAAAGCAAAAAAUUACUGAAAUAAGGUAGAUUUUGUUUUUAUUUUUAGAUAGGUCACUUAAUAAGAUAAUUUCAUUUCACGUACUUGCUAUUUGGAAGUUCAGGUUUCAUUUAGUUCUGUACAUGAACAAAUUAGUAACUUUAAAUCAAGCUAAAUGUAAUUGAGAAUUUUUAGAAACUAUUCAAAUGCUUAAUUUUAAAUCCUUCUUUUUUUAUAAGAAAAUUGACCUAAAAAUUAGUAGUGUUUUUAUUUGUCCUCAGAAAUCAUACUUGAAGGAAGUAUUAGAAUAUACACAGAAAUGACUCCAUGCACUGUGCUAAAUUUUACAUUAAAUACAGAAGUCUAAGCGCAGUGUGAAUGCUUCUGCCUGAUAAGACCAUAAAGCAGGAAGAAUUAGUAAUAAUGGAGAGAACCACAUGCAUGAGUAGAAUGUAUUGUGGGGCUUCAGAAGGCUAAGCAGACCUCAUCAACAAUAAAAGAUUAAAAACUAUUUAAAAUGGUUCUUACCCCCAGCCCCUCAUUUCUCAAAUAGCAUAAGGAUUCAACUGUUUUAAAACAGGAUGUGAACACUAACUUUGGUAAAAUUUAAAUUAUUGGAAAUUAUACCUACAGAAUAAGGUAAAUAAACAUAAAAGAUUCUAUGAACUAUUCAUUAAAGGGUUACAUCUCAUGAGAUUAGAGGUUUUUAAUAUUAGUUCUCUAUUUACUGCCUCAGCCCUGGUCCCCUUCCUACCUACCUACUCAGAUAUAGGUCUCUAAAUGGUUGAAAAGGUUUUAAAGGAAGUUUAUAUAUUUUUCAUCAGCAUCUGUUUCAUGCUAUUCUUUUGACACAAGUAUAACUUUCAUUCUCCUUUACUGUUCCAUUAAAGUUUAGUGCAUCA